UUUUUUUAUUUUAAAGAAAAAUGUUAUUAGCACGUAUACUUUUUUUUAUUUUUGUUGGUGCUCUAUUACCACAAGGUAUUUUUUCAUAUUCGGUUCCACUAAACAGUUUGUUGAAUACUGCCUCAAGCGAUGGAACAAUGUUUCCGUAUAGAGAGGUCACAAUCGAUAUGGCUGAUUAUGUGCGGAGUACUAUUUUACUUUUACCUGAGGAAUUUACUACUGAGUCUCUGAAGGCAGCUCAAUUGAGGCAGAAGAAGUUAGUAGAUCAAGGUGUUCCAUGCCGUAUAUAUCGAUUGGUUACAAUGCCUGCAGAUCAAACUGCAAUUGAGAUGAUUAUUAGCCAGUCUCUUGCGGACUCUAUACUAGUAAACAAUACAUUGUCACCAAUAUUUACUACAGUUGAGGUUGAAUUUGACUUGAAGAGAAUGAUGGUUGAUGAGGACUAUCGCAAAAUAUAUACUCCAAGACUGAUGGAAGCAGCUGAAUCAUUUACAAAUAGAUUCGUGACAGUAUUACUAAUGAGUAGUACAGAUUCUGGUUCCAAUUAUUAUAUAUAUUUAGGUGAAGGUGAUUUUACUCCAGUUCAACAAGGUGCUAGUUACUAUGCUUAUUUAUUUAAUGAUUCUGGAAAAGAAGUUGAUAGUCUAUCAAGUGCAGAUCUACGUCAUAUUGAAGCUGCAAGAAAGAGUUUCAUCGAUGCCCGUAGCAAUAUGAAAAAAGAACAAUUAACUGAGAUAGAAGUAAAGGAAUUGGCAGCUCGUUUAAGAGUUUUAAAACGUCGUCAAAAAGCAGGUCCUAAAUGCAGUAAAUGUCUAGAUAUUACAUAUGAAAAGUGUGAGUAUUGUGCAACUCUUGUUACAAUUGAUGAGUAUAGGGAAAUUGAAGAUCUAUCAAAGAAAAGUCGCAAGUAUGAAUUAUUCUUUGAACAUCGUUUAGCUCGACACUCUAGUGGUGCUUCUCAUGCUUCAUUAUUCGUUGUUAGUAAAGCUGAAGAUUCAAUAAUUCCAGAAUUUUCACAGUCAAUUAAUGUAGGAGCUUAUGGAGUAGUUAAUAACUAUAGACCAUUACCUUUAAAUUUGGGACCUCAUUGUGCAGCUUUGGUUGAAUCUGAUAUUAAUUUAGUUCUAAGAAUGUCAUCUGUAUUUCCAACAUACUUUGAAACCUUAUCAUUAAGUCGUGAUUAUGAUGAAUUGUGUCUUGGAGUUCACUAUAUGUCUAAGAAACCUAAGGUAACUUCUAGUGGAAUUGCUACUUAUGAAAUUGAAAAUUGUAUUGUAUCUAUGAUUUUAGCUUUGGGAUCUUUCCAUCCUGAAUUUUCAACACCAAUUGGAACUUUAAAUCCUAAUGUAGAGAUGUCUAUGACAAGUUUCUGUAGUGCAGUUUUAUCUCAUGAACCCUUAGGAUUGGUUGAGAAUUUGUCACCUGUAUAUUCUCCAUCAGGUGUGAUUAUGUCACCUUCUAAUGGUAAAAUUGAUGUAGCAGUAUUAUUGGAACGUUCGAGAUCUGAGGAGUCUGUUAUUCAGUCUAUGUUGGGUAGUAAUACCUGUUCUAUAGAGGAUAUGGUAAGUGCAGGAUGGAUGUAUGAUAAUAAAUUGAAGUUAUGGGUACGUGGGAGAAAUAAGAAGGUACCUCUACCAAUAUUAGUUCGUUAUGCAGUAUCAAGUGAUGGUAGGCUUAUUGCCAUUGCUUUAGAAGGUGAAGAUGUAACUAACUAUUCUAAAGGCCUUCAAGUAUUAUUCACUUCUCCAAAAUUCGAACAUUUAUUCUCUCAAGUGAUUGGUAGUAAAUGUUUAAAUCCAGGUGAUAUAAAGGAUUUAGAAAAGGUAGGAGUUGUACUUGAGGAGAUUACAUUAGCUGAAUUAAGAGAAGCUACAAUCUUGGCAAAUAAUGCAGCUGAGCAGUCAUUUGCUGCUUCAAAUGCUGCUACAUUGGCAAUGAAGAAGUAUGAGGAUGCAGUAUUAGCUGAGGAGAGAGUUAUGGAAGUUGCUCAAAUGGCAUCGAAGAUACGGGAAUAUCAUGAUGCUAAAUCUAAGAUUAGUCAAAAAGCUGCAGAGAUUGCUAAGAUUGAGGAGCAGUUAAGAAUAGCAGCUGAGAACAGAGCCAAAGCAGCUAAUGAGAGUGCAAAGGCAUUAUUAGAAGCUACAGCAGCUGAGGAGAGAAGAAGAGAAUUUGCAAAGAAUGCUCAGUUAGCUGCUAGGAGGGCUACAGAUACUGUUCAACAAGCUUUGAAUAUCCAGAAACAAUUGAGAGGACAGUUAAAAAGUGAAGCAAAAUUAUCUGCAGCUUAUGAGGCAGCUGUGGUAGCAGAAGAUAAAUUAAGGAAAGCAUUAGAUGAAGCUCAUAACCUUUUACAAGGAUUAUUUGAUAAGGAGAAGGCUUUGAGGGAAAGAUUCUUAGGUGAGAUUGAUCCUUUAAUAAAGGAAGAGGAACGUCUUUUAAAGUGUGUUGAGGAGUUUUCCCAAAGGAGAAUUGCACUCCUAGAUAAUCUUACUGAAUUGCGUAAUAUUUUACAAGGGAAAUUGGACAAGUCAUUACGUGAAAAACAGGAUGUACUUGAAGAGGCUCGCCUUAAGAAAGAUUUACUUGAUAAUAGAAAAUUUGAAUUAGGUAAAUUGUCAAAUAUGAUUAGAACUAAAUCUGCAGAAGCUGAAGCUGUUAAUGCUUCAUUAUUUGAAGCUGAAUUGAUGCUGGAGAAACUUAAACAAGAUGCUGAUAUGAAAGCUCGUGAGGCUGAGGCAGCUAGAUUAAGACUUGAGGAGAUGAGCAAAAAGAUCCAGGAAUUGAGAUUAUUGUAUAAUGACUUACUAUUACGUAUAAAUGAAUUGGUAAGUCUUCAAAGUAAUUUAGAAGAUGAAAUUAGGAAAGUAGAGACGGAAUUAGAUGCUUUAAGUUUGAAAUUGGCUGAAAUUGAAGAAAGAUUACUUAGAUUAGAAGAGGCUAGGCAAGCACAUGAUGAAAAGUCAAAGGAGGCUGAACUUUUGCUUGCUAGAGAAUUGGAAUUGAAACGACAAAUUGAAGAACUAAAUAAAUUGCGCAAAGAAAAAGAGGUUGAGCUUAGUGGUUUAUUAGAUGAACAACUAAAAGUUCGUACAGAUGUUUCUGCGGUGUUGGUAGCUAGGAGCUCUGCUUUAGAAGUACUCCAAAGGACACUUAAGGAAAUUCAAAUAGCAAAGUGCACUACUGAAGAGGAGACAAAGGUAAUUAAAGAUCAGUAUGAAUGUUCAGCACUUGAGGCUCAGAAACUUUUAUCAAAUGUUGAGAAGUGGAAGCGAGAUUUACAAGAUGCUAUUGAAGAAGAAGAAAUAAAGAGUAAUUUGUUAGCUAAGAAGAUCGAGGAAGUUCAAGAAAUGGACUUUAUAAUGGCAUGUGCAGAAGAACAGCUCAAAUUAGCUAAUGAUAUCCCUGUUCCAGCUACUCCUUUGACUCCAGAAUGUGGUUUGGGUAACAUAAAUUGUGUAGUUACACAAAAUUGAGAUAUAAUCUUACUAUUUAAAGCCGAAGUUACACUUAGUUUUAUAGGAAUCGAUGUGGUAGAUUUUAGUCCUACUAGCACCUAGUAAACCUUCAUUUCCUAAUAUUCUACUUUCCAAGAUUUAAGCGUGGUGAUUCUAACAUGUUAUUGAAUCCUAGGCGCCUGGAGAUGGUGCGGAAUCUAAAAAUGUGGUGGGAAUUUGAUUAUUUAAA